UGAGUCAAGGACACAGCCCAUCUCUGCCAGCUGGCGCCAGCGCAUCUUGACCUCCUAUCCAUCACUGCCACUUCGCCUGCCGCCGCACGACCUCGAUGUGGAAGCCACCUAGACCCAAACGCUCUCACCAACAAAACAAGCCCGACACGCCUGGUCUACCGAUGGCCCCUCCUGCCCCCUUCCUGCCCCCUCUCUGCCCCCUCCCUCCCCACGCAUAUACCCUGUACCCCCACGCCACCGCCACUGCCGCCGCCGCCGCCGCCACCACCAUCAUCGUCGAGCAGUGGAACUUCAGUCAACAAGCGCGCACGAGCUCAGCACCGGCUCCCGCGACAGCUGUCGGCUCAGUGCCCGUAACGAGGACUUCCAACCUCUGCACCAAGAGCUCAGCAAUCCCUCCAAGUCACGCUCGCCAUCACUUCGCUCAUGCUCAGUCAUCACUCAACCUCAACUCCUCUCAAGCUCGCUCGCCCAUCUCGCAACAUCCACCGGCCUCUCACUCUGGCUUCAGCACGCCACCUCAAGCUCUCUGACCUGUCAUAGUCUUGCUAGCGUCGGUGCCGUGCGCGCCACGUCAUCGUCACGGUCACCUCGCCACACAUCUCCACUCGUGCCACGCACCAACCUCCGGAUACCCUGCGUCUACGCCUGGUCCCAGUCACCGUGGCCUGCGCGACCCACCUCACAGCUACGCUCCAUAAGCUCGCGGUGCGCUCCGAGCGUACGGUCAAGCACCCUGGUCACGACACCUCGACACGCAACACCGAUCAUAGGUCUUCGUCUC